AUGGACGGCUGUUUCAGUUCGGCGGAUUUACAGGCUCUCCAAAAUUUAAUUUGUCCAUCGAAGGACGAUUCCGACAUCGAGGACGAUCUACCGCAGGCGGGUGCGACGAAGUUGAGACCUAGUGAUAUCGGCGCGCCGAGUAACCCUUCCCAGGGUCUUUCCCAAAAUCGUUCGGGACCUCAUGCACUCCUGCAAGGCAAGGGUGACGAUAUUUGGCAUCCCUCGGAGGCGGUCGACACUCAAAGAUUGCAGGAUUACGACCCCAGGAAGACGCCCGAAUACGAGAUAAAGUUUAAACAGGCAGUGACAGCUGAAGAUGUUUAUUUGGGAAUGGGCUUUAAAACGCCGAGCACGGCGUCCUGCGAGUGGCUGUCGGUGCUGGUGAAAUUGCCCCAGGAAACGCGGGAAAAAGUGGAGCUCUCCGUGGAAUCCGAGGCGAUCGACGUGCGCAGUCCAAGAUAUCGGCUGCACCUACCGACACCACAUUCGGUGGAUCCCAACGCGUCCUCCGCCAAGUGGCACAGCGACACUUCCACCCUGGAAGUCACUCUGAAACUUACACGUGAACUGGACAACGUAAACUUUUGA